GUGACACGGCUGGUCAAUAUGUACUGUGGACUGGUUGACAGGCUAGGUCGGAAUUAUUUUAAACGAGACACGUGAUCGAGGGAAUGUAUGAUAAGUGACCAACAUCACAUAUAUCGUGUUCAAAGGUUUAAAAGGUAACAGCAAACAGCCAGGCUAAGUUCCUCGGGCUAAUGCAAGUGUGGUUUCAUUCAUGACCAUUUAAACUCCAAAAUUAUAGAUAAUGUAUAAUUACUUACCACUAUAAGUUUGAAAUAAGUAAUUUGUAUUACAUGUGGUGCAAGGCUUGUAUACUUCUAAACGGAGUAGGAACGGUUGCCAUUACUUUUCGUUAUAUGUAAAAUACAAGUGACGUUAAAACCGUAAUAUAUUAUAUAUUGGAUAAAAAUUAAUUAAAAACUUUACAGAAAGGUUUUUAAUAAUAUAAAACGAAGUACAAAUAAACACCUGCAAAUAAUCUAAACAACGAGUGCGUAUAAUACCCACAGACAAACAUGCCUUUUAUCGUACAUUACAUUAGGACAUGUGCGCUGUUGUUGAUGACGAGCUCGUGCUUAAUGUGCUUUCUCUUGCAACGAGACACGUGCGCGGAAGAUCGUCUCGUGGACCAGGUGACAAUCCCUGACGGAAUUCCUAGGGAUGUGUUUGACCAAAAAUUUCUUGAAGUCAUCCUUGGGGAGCUUUACUUUGGGUUACCAACACCACCAGCCUUUGAACCGGAUGUGCGAUACUUUGCGAAGAUUCACAGGCUGAAUCAAACCCACUACGAACGCCGCCAUAUUGCAGAAACACCGGCUUCGUCAAGUAACCCAUCCAGCUGCGCAAACGAAACUCAGAUUUACGGCAUUAUUGAAACAGCCAAUGAGUCCGUGUUCUACGUGGAUGCAUCUGAUAUUCCAGACAAGGAAGGCCUCGUGUUUUGGUCGUCGUGUCCAGAGAGGUAUGUUUGGAGCAUGCGCUGUUCUGGCUACCGGCUUGGUAUGCGCCACUGCCCCGCAGCGAAAGCAAAGUUCGGGCUCUAUAUCAAAGGGACGCCCAAUAAUCUCCCACUUGCUCUCAUUCUGAGGGAUCUGGAACAGACGCGUGUUCAGUUUGAUUCCACACAAUUCCAUUGGGUCUUCACGUAUGGGGAAAAUCGUCUAUGUGGUCCGCUCUGAAGAGAAGAUCUCGCAACACCUCGUGUCAACCAACUGUACACUUAUAUUUCAUGACCACUACACUAAAAGUAAUUUCAGGACGUACACUAAUAUAUUCUAAACACACAUAUGUAUUAUACACACACAAAAUCUUGCUCAUUUUGAAUUCAUGCUAUUAUUAAUAUUUCUUGAAAAUAAUACCUUAUUAUACAAGUCAAUGUUGCUCAACGAAUAUUUGUAUCAUGGUCACUGGAAAUCGCAAAAGUGUAAUAAAACAAUA